AUUCACCGACGUCACAAGGUGACGCGUGACGUAAACUGUCCGCGCCGCAAAGCAGAGAUGGCGAUGGCGGCGUCCCAACCAAGAGAAGAGAAAGAGAGCGAGGAUUGCUCUCUGCUGCCUUUAGUUCACGAUAUUAUCAAAUGCAUGGACAAGGACAGCCAGGACGUCCACCAAGAACUGGCCAAGCUGAAGGCAAAGAUCCAGGAGGCUCGGGAGCUCAUAUCCAACAUGCCCGGCGUGGACAGCAGUCCGCCGGAGCAGCAGCAGCAGCUCGCCACGCUGCGGGAACAGGUCCAAACCAAGAACCAGCUCCUGCAGAAAUACAAGAGCCUUUGCAUGUUCGACGUGCCGAAAGCAUCGUGAAAGCGGGGGACCUGAUUGCUACAAGAAAGAAAAGACUGGUUCGGUUUCAGCAGAUGUGGCAUUCAAGAACACCGGGAGGACAUUUGAAUGAACAAGGACUUAUUUUCCCUAAAGUGCAUCUGUCGUCUGGUCGCACUUUCCCCUUUUGCCUUACGAGAAUGCAAACUUAGUUUAUAGUAUUUGUAUUUAAUGUCGUUUUCAGUAAAUUAUUUACUGCAAUGUUUUGUAAUAAAACCAUUGAUCAUCAA